AUGGACAUGAAGAUUUCUUCUGUUCAAUAUUGCUAUCCAUUAUUUAAUGGCUCUUGCCUGAAAGGCAGUUACAAUCAGGCAACGCAAGUAGUUUUAUACAUUAUGUUUUGGACCAGCAUGGUGUUUACUGUUCUGGGCAACCUGGUUGUUAUUAUCUCCAUAGUGCAUUUCAAACAGCUGCACACGCCGACAAACUUGCUUGUGAUGUCCCUGGCCUUUGCAGACCUACUGCUGGGUUUGACUGUGAUGCCGUUCAGUAUAGUCAAAUUUGUGGAUGGGUGCUGGUACUAUGGUGAUGCGUUCUGUUUACUGCAUUCCAGCUUUGACAUGUUCCUGACCUCUGUCUCGAUUUUCCACCUGAUAUCCAUAGCCAUUGAUCGACACCAGGCUCUCUGUUACCCUCUUCUGUAUCCUACAAGAAUAACAAUACCUGUAGCUUGGCUCAUGAUAGCUGUAAGUUGGGGCAUUGCUGCUGCUUACUCCUUCAGUCUCCUCUAUUCCAGGGCAAAUGUUAAAGGGCUUGAUGACUUCCUGAAGUCCAUUUACUGUAUAGGUAGUUGUAACCUUCUGUUCAAUGCACUGUGGGGGGCACUGGAUACCUUGAUAGCUUUUUUCUUACCCUGCUUUAUUAUGGUAGGUUUGUAUGCAAAGAUAUUCUCGGUCGCCAAAGAUCACAUAAAAAAGAUUGAAGAUGUCAACCGAGGCCUUAAUCCGAAUAAUGAACAUGUUUCCAAAACAGAACGGAAAGCUGCAAAAACUCUUGGGAUUGUUGUUGGUGCUUUUAUUUUUUGCUGGAUGCCAUUCUUUGUCAAUUCUAUUGUUGAUCCUUACACAAAUUUUUCUACCCCAGCUAUUCUUUUUGAGAUUUUUACCUGGCUUGGUUAUUUUAAUUCUACUUUAAAUCCAAUUAUAUACGGGCUCUUCUACCCAUGGUUCAGGAAAUCUCUUUAUUUAAUUGUGACCCUUAAGAUAUUUAACACACACUCAUCUGACAUGAACAUAUUAACUUCAUAG